CUAUCCGUAACCUUGUAGCCUUUUCUACAAAACCGGGUUAAGAUCGGAUUCAAACAUUAAUAUCAGGUCGGGUUGUUAUGUUCCUUAGGCAAAAAACGAAGAACCAAACCCUAUAUUUUCCGGUCUUCCCCCACUGAAACCGACUCCAUUUUCUCUCGUCUAUCUCUUCCACAUCCGUUUGAUCAUUCGGCCCGUCAGUCUGCACUUCAGCCAAUUCUCGCUCCUGCAGACUUCGGUGCGCCAUGGAAUUGGAUGCUUCGGAGCUGGUUCCAUUUAAGAAACCUAAGAGAUUGACAUCUCUCGUCUGGAAUGAUUUCGAAAGGGUUAAAAGACCCGAGGGUAUGUUUGCUAUAUGUAAGCACUGCAAAAAGAAACUCAGUGGCUCGAGUACAAGUGGGACAUCACAUUUGAGAAAUCAUUUGAAGAGAUGUAUGAAAAGAACUAACCAUGACAUUCAACAGAUGAUCGUAGUAAAAGAAAAGAAAAAAGGUAGUAAUGGCAACCUUGGAGAUACAGGGUUUAACCAAGAUUCUUCCGCAUUAGUGAAGUUUGAGGAAGAGAGGAGUCAGUAUGGGUCAAAGUUUGAUCAAGAGCGAAGCAGAUAUGAUCUUGCACGCAUGAUUAUUUUGCAUGAGUACCCAUUAGCAAUGGUUGAACACAUUGGGUUUAAGAGGUUUGUUGAAAAUCUUCAGCCAUCAUUUCAGAGUAUGUCAUGCGACAGGGUAAAAGACGACUGUAUGCAGAUAUAUUCGCAAGAAAAACAGAAACUGUUAGAGACAUUGGAUAAAGUUCCAGGUCGAAUCAGUCUUAGAGUUGAUUCUUGGAAUUCUCUUCAAGAUCAUGCAUACUUUUGUUUGACGGCUCACUAUAUUGACGAGAACUGGACAUUACAGAAAAAGGUUCUUAAUUUUGUCAAUGUCGAUCCUUAUACAGAAUAUGGAUUAGCAGAUUCUAUUCUGACAUGUUUAAGAGACUGGGACAUAGACCGCAAGUUAUUCUCUGUGACGCGGGACACUAACUGCACCAAUGACACUGUAGUCUCCACAAUUGGAGACCGGCUUUGGCGAAGUGGGUUGCUGAAAAGGAGUGAUCAGCUCUUUCAUGUGCAAUGUGUGAAACAUGUAAUCAAUCUGAUUGUUCAAGAUUUGUUGGAAUCAAUCUAUGAUGUAACCCACAAGAUUAGAGAAAGUGUUAGGUAUGUCAAAAGUUCAGAAUCGCUGCAACAGAAAUUUAAUGAGUUGGCUCAACAAUUACAAGUUUCUGAUCAAAAGAGUUUAUGUCUUGAUUGUCCUAUAAAUUGGAAUUCGACAUAUUUGAUGCUCGAGGCAGCAGUGGAAUGUCGUGAUGUGUUUUCUCAUUUUGGAGAAUAUGAUUUUGGUUCAAUCUCUGAAUCAGAGUGGGACAGGGUUACUGUUGUCACUAGCUGUUUGAAGCUGCUUGUUGAAGAAACCAAUGUUAUCUCAGGUGUUAAGUUUUCAACUGCUAACAGGUAUUUCCCUGAGAUGGUUCUUAUUCACUUGAAACUGACUGAAUUGUGUAAGAGUUCUGAUUUUGCACUGAGCAUGAAGAACAAGUUUGACGGUUAUUGGAGCAUUUGUGUCCAGGCUUUAGCAAUUGCAGUUAUUUUGGACCCGCGAUUCAAGAUGAAGAUAGUGGAAUAUUACUAUCCGCAAAUUUAUGAUGCCGAGUCUGAUGAGCACAUCAGGGAUGUUUCCAACAGUAUUAAGGGUCUUUACGAUGAUUACAUGAAUGUGAUCUGCCCAGCAUUAUCCCCACUCAGUCAGGGUUUCGGACAUGAUGUUCAAGGUAGUGAUCUGACUAAUGGUACCCCGUCUACCGUUCAUAAUGGCACAAGAGAUAGACUGAGUGGUUUUGACAAGUUCCUCGAUGAGACUACCAGCAGCCAGCACUUGAAGUCGGAGUUGGACAAAUAUCUGGAAGAACCUGUUUUUCCUAGAAAUGUCGACUUCGACAUUUUGAAUUGGUGGAAGGUCAAUUCACCAAAAUACCCUGUUCUAUCUAUGAUGGCUCAUGAUGUCUUGGGGAUUCCUAUGUCGACAGAAGUUGCAUUAGAUUCUGCAUUUAACACUGAUGGCAGAGUUCUUGAUUCGUACAGGAGUUCUCUAAGUCCAGAUAUUCUACAGGCUUUGGUAUGCACACAUGACUGGUUUCGCACAGAGUUAGAAGGUUGGAGUUGAAAAGGUAUGGUGGAAUAUAUAGAUGCGGGCAGCAUUUAUUAUAAGUUGGGAUUAAUUCUGGGAAGUCACAUUUCCGCCUGAACAAUUUUAUGCACAGUUCCAAGUUAUCGAAUUUUAAAUUUGGGUUUCAAUUUCUUGCAAUUAUAGAGUACUGUGAUGUAAUUUGUUUGGUAAUGCCAUUGUUCUUAAUUAUUGGUUGAUCUAUAUCCUUGGUUUA